AUGUCUGCACCGUCAAUCAUUUCGGCCAUUGCCUACAAGCUUUUACAGUAUCUUGAAGCAGCGUGGUCUGUCGAUGGGAAGACUGCAGUCCUUGUAAAAAAAACCCUGGAUGUAGACCAGAAAAGAAAUGGGAAGAAGGGCGGGGGUGGUGGGGUUUCAGCCCUCUGUCUAUGCCAGCGGGGUGAUAUUGACGACAUCAAAUAUCUAAUCAGCCAGGGAGCUGAAAUCAAUAAGGAGGAUUAUGAUGGUCAGACUACAUUACACAAAGCUGCUGACAAUGGCCAUAUUGACGUCAUCAAAUAUCUGGUCAGUCAAGGAGCGGAAGUCAAUAAGGAGGAUAAUAAUGGUCAGACUGUAUUACACAGGGCUGCUCGAAAUAUCCAUAUUGACGUAGUCAAAUAUCUGGUCAGUCAAGGAGCGGAAGUCAAUAAGAAGGAUAAAAAUAGUCAGACUGCAUUACACAAAGCUGCUGAGAAUGGUCAUAUUGACGUCAUGAAAUAUCUGAUCAGUCAAGGAGCUGAAGUCAAUAAGGAGGAUAAGAAUGGGAAGACUGAAUUACUCAACGCUGCUGAGAAUGGUCAUAUUGAUGUCAUCAAAUAUUUGGUCAGUCUAGGAGCGGAAGUCAAUAAGAAGGAAAAGAAUGGUCAGACUGCAUUACACAAAGCAGCUCGAAAUUGCCAUAUUCACGUAGUCAAAUAUCUGAUUACCAAAGGAGCUGAGGUCAAUAAGAUAGAUAAAAAUGGUCAGACUGCUUUGCAAAAUGCGGCACGUUAUUGCCGUUUAUAUAUGCUUGAUCGAAACAUUGACGUCAUGAAGUAUCUGGUCAGUCAAGGAGCGGAAGUCAAUAACGAGGAUAAUGAUGGUCAGACUGUAUUAAACAGGGCUGCUGAGAAUGGUCAUAUUGACUUCAUCAAAUAUCUGGUCAGUCAAGGAGCUGAGGUCAAUAAGAAGAAUACAAAUGGUCAGACUGCAUUAAACAACGCAGCUGAGAAUGGUCAUACUGACGUCAUCAAAUAUCUGGUCAGUCAAGGAGCGGAAAUCAAUAAGAAGGAAAAUGAUGGGGAGACUGCAUUACACAACGCUGCUGAGAAUGGUCAUAUUGAUGUCAUCAAAUAUUUGGUCAGUCUAGGAGCGGAAGUCAAUAAGAAGGAAAAGAAUGGUCAGACUGCAUUACACAAAGCAGCUCGAAAUUGCCAUAUUCACGUAGUCAAAUAUCUGAUCACCAAAGGAGCUGAGGUCAAUAAGAAGGAUAAUAAUGACCAGACUGCUUUGCACAAUGCGGCAUGUUAUGGGGGUUAUUCAAUGUCUGAUCAAUACAUAAACGUCAUCAAAUAUCUGGUCAGUCAAGGAGCUGAAGUCAAUAAGGAGGAUAAGAAUGGCCAGAAUGCAUUACACAAAGCUGCUGAGAAUGGUCAUAUUGACGUCAUCAAAUAUCUGGUCAGUAAAGGAGCGGAAAUCAAUAAGAAGGAAAAUGAUGGGGAGACUGCAUUACACAACGCUGCUGAGAAUGGUCAUAUUGAUGUCAUCAAAUAUUUGGUCAGUCUAGGAGCGGAAGUCAAUAAGAAGGAAAAGAAUGGUCAGACUGCAUUACACAAAGCAGCUCGAAAUGGCCGUAUUGACGUAGUCAAAUAUCUGAUCACCAAAGGAGUUGAGGUCAAUAAGAAGGAUAAUAAUGGCCAGACUGCUUUGCACAAUGCGGCAUGUUAUUGGGGUUAUUCAAUGCCUGAAAAACACAUUGACGUCAUCAAAUAUCUGGUCAGUCAAGGAGCGGAAGUCAAUAUGAAGGAUAACAAUGGUCAGACUGCAUUACACAACGCAAAAAAGAAUGAUCAUAUUGACGCCAUCAUGUAUCUGUUCAGUCAAGGAGCGGAAGUCAAUAAGGAGGAAAAUGAUGGUAAGACUGUAUUACACAUAGCUGCUCGAAGAGGUCGUGUUGACGUCAUCAAAUAUCUGGUCAGUCAAGGAGCGGAAGUCAAUAAGGAGGAUAAAAAUAGUCAGACUGCAUUACACAAAGCUGCUCGUAAUGGCCAUAUUGACGUCAUCAAAUAUCUGGUCAGUCAAGGAGCGGAAGUCAAUAAGGAGGAUAAUAAUGGUCAAACUGCAUUACACAAAGCUGCUCGUAAUGGCCAUAUUGACGUCAUCAAAUAUCUGGUCAGUCAAGGAGCGGAAGUCAAUAAGGAGGAUAAUAAUGGUCAGACUGCAUUACACAACGCUGCUCGAAAUGGCCGUAUUGACGUAGUGAAAUAUCUGGUCAGUCAAGGAGCGGAAGUCAAUAAGGAGGAUAAUAAUGGUCAGACUGCAUUACACAAAGCUGCUCGAAAUGGCCGUAUUGACGUAGUCAAAUAUCUGAUCACCAAAGGAGCUGAGGUCAAUAAGAAGGAUAAUAAUGGCCAGACUGCUUUGCACAAUGCGGCAUGUUUUUUUGAUUUUUAUAUGUUUAAUCGAAACAUUAAUGACAUCAUCAAAUAUCUGGUCAGUCAAGGAGCGGAAGUCAAUAAGGAGGAUAAUAAUGGUCAAACUGCAUUACACAAAGCUGCUCGUAAUGGCCGUAUUGACGUAGUCAAAUAUCUGGUCAGUCAAGGAGCGGAAGUCAAUAAGGAGGAUAAUAAUGGUCAGACUGCAUUACACAACGCUGCUCGAAAUGGCCGUAUUGACGUAGUCAAAUAUCUGAUCAGUCAAGGAGCGGAAGUCAAUAAGAAGGAUAAUAAUGGCCAGACUGCUUUGCACAAUGCGGCAUCUGCUCGUAAUGGCCGUAUUGACGUAGUCAAAUAUCUGGUCAGUCAAGGAGCGGAAGUCAAUAAGGAGGAUAAUAAUGGUCAGACUGCAUUACACAACGCUGCUCGAAAUGGCCGUAUUGACGUAGUCAAAUAUCUGAUCAGUCAAGGAGCGGAAGUCAAUAAGAAGGAUAAUAAUGGCCAGACUGCUUUGCACAAUGCGGCAUGUAUUUUGAAUUUUCAUAUUCAAGGAGCGGAAGUCAAUAAGGAGGAUAAUAAUGGUCAAACUGCAUUACACAAAGCUGCUCGUAAUGGCCAUAUUGACGUAGUCAAAUAUCUGGUCAGUCAAGGAGCGGAAGUCAGUAUGAAGGAAAAUAAUGGUCAGACUGCAUUACACAAUGCUGCUGAGAAUGGUCAUAUUGACGUCAUCAAAUAUCUGGUCAGUCAAGGAGUGGAAGUAAAUAAAGAGGAUAAUGAUGGUCAGACUGCAUUACACAGGGCUGCUGAGAAUGGUCAUAUUGACGUCAUCAAACAUCUGGUCAGUCAAGGAAUGGAAGUAAAUAAGGAGGAUAAUGAUGGUCAGACUGUAUUACACAAAACUGCUCGAAAUGGCCAUGUUGAUGUAGUCAAAUAUCUAGUCAGUCAAGGGGAGGAAGUCAAUGAUAAGGAUAAUAAUGGUCAGACUGCAUUACACAAUGCUGCUGAGAAUGGUUAUAUUGACGUCAUGAAAUAUACGGUCAGUCAAGGAGUGGAAGUAAAUAAGAAGGAUAAUGAUGGUCAGACUGCUUUACACAACGCUGCUGAGAAUGGUCAUAUUGACGUCAUCAAACAUCUGGCCAGUCAAGGAGCGGAUUCCAAUAAGGAGGAUAAUGAUGGUCAGACUGCAUUACACAACGCUGCUGAGAAUGGUCAUAAUGACGUCAUCAGAUAUCUGAUCAGUCAAGGAGCAGAGGUCAAUAAGGAGAAUAACGAUGGUCAGACUGCAUUACACAAAGCUGCUCGAAAUGGCCAUAUUGACGUUAUCGAAUAUCUGAUCAGUGAAGGAUCUGAGGCCAAUAAAGGGGAUAGUCAUGGCUCGACUGCAUUACACAGUGCUGCUAAGAAUGGUCAUGUUGACGUCACCAAGUAUCUUAUCAGCCAAGGAGUGGAAGUAAAUAAGGAGGAUAAUGAUGGUCAGACUGCUUUACACAACGCUGCUGAGAAUGGUCAUAUUGACGUCAUCAAACAUCUGGUCAGUCAAGGAGUGGAAGUAAAUAAGGAGGAUAAUGAUGGUCAGACUGCUUUACACAACGCUGCUGAGAAAGGUGAUAUUGACGUCAUCAAAUAUCUGGUCAGUCAAGGAGUGGAAGUCAAUAAGGAGGAUAAUGAUGGUCAGACUGCAUUGCACAACGCUGCAGAGAAUGGUCAUAUUAACGUCAUCAAAUAUCUGGUCAGUCAAGGAGCUGAAGUCAAUAAGGAGAAUAAUGAUAGUCAGACUGUAUUACACAAAGCUGCUCAAAAUGGCCAUAUUGACGUCAUCAAACAUCUGGACUAUUCAGCACCCAUUCAUCUCGCUGUCCAUCGCGGUCAUACAGCUAUCAUCGAGAAGUUGAUUUCCUACGGAUGUGAUCUCAAUGUGCAGUCUUGUGACGGCCAGACCUGCAUUCAUAAAGCCAUCGAAUUAUGCUACAGGAACAACAUGACAGUUCAAAACACUGAUACACUUAAAAAGAUAUCCGACGAGUACUACAAUGGUGGGUUAUCUCCAAAUGAGUCGUUGGUGUUUUAUCUCAUUGAGAAUGGCGCCAAGCUAAAUGUAAAGGAUGAGACAGGCAACCUACCGAUCCACUAUGCCAAGGAUGAACUAGUCAGGCAGAUGAUAUUGUCAAGGUGA